AUGCAAACGACACAGAGGAGGAAAACGGCACUGUUCCCUGCGCGCUGGCCCACUGUCUUCAGACUUUGUUCGGUCAAGCUACCCGCCCUGCCUUCGCGAUCGAGGGUGUUGAGCGCCCCUGAUCAACAUGUACAACAAGCGCCUCCAUCACCUCUGCGUGAUGGAGGAGACAAAAACUCUACUAUCCUGGUGAAUUACUCUGCCGCGAGCCCGUUGUCUCAGCUCAAGAUGUACAGCUUCAUGGGAGGGGGCCUUUUCUGUGCCGUAGUGGGGAACAUCCUUUUGGUGGUGUGCACGGCCACCGACUACUGGAUGCAAUAUAGACUGUCGGGCAACUACGCUCACCAGGGACUAUGGAGGUACUGCAUGGCCAACAAGUGCUACAUGCAGACGGACAGCAUAGCGUACUGGAACGCCACCAGGGCCUUCAUGAUCCUCUCUGGGAUGACAUGCUUUGCCGGGAUCAUCGCUGGCAUCAUGUCUUUCUCUCACUUCUCUUCUUUCGAGAGAUUCAACCGCUCCUUUGCUGCAGGAAUCAUGUUUUUUGUCUCUACUUUCUUUGUUCUGCUGGGAAUGGCGAUCUACACUGGAGUGACGGUGAAUUUCCUGGGAAGACGUUUUGGUGACUGGCGCUUCUCCUGGUCGUACAUAUUGGGCUGGGUGGCCAUGCUCAUGAACUUCUUUGCAGGCAAGAACUAA